CUAUCAACAUCUUCUCUCUCGUUCAAUUUUCCCUCUCUCUCUCUCAUUCGGUUACAGUUUUCUCUCUCAACAACACACACGAUUCGCAUGCUUCUGUAGACAAAACCUCUUCGGCAGCAGUGCGGCGGCGGAGAUGUCGAUAGCUUUGCAGCGGAGCAACUCAGGCGGCGGCGGCGGGGGGCACCCGAUCGAGGGGACAGGAUUCGUGCACCGAGAGAUGGCUUUUGCCUCGUACGAUCAUCCAGCGGCGGAUCAGCGGUCGCCGGAGGAGGAUCGGAGCGGUUCGCUGUCAUUGUCGUCGAGUUCUUCGAUCGGGAAGAACAGUGACGAGCAUCACAGCGGCGGCAGUGAUGAGGAGGAGGAGGAGGUGCAGAGUCAGUAUAAAGGAGGACCGCUGGACAGCUUGGAUUCUCUGGAGGAAGUUCUUCCUGUGAAGAAAAGCAUAUCAAAGUUUUACUCUGGUAAAUCCAAAUCAUUUACCAGCCUAUCUGAUGCUGCAUCAAUCCCCUCAAUUAAAGAAAUCACGAAACCAGAAAAUGCUUAUACAAGGAAACGCAAGAACCUGCUGGUCUUCAGUAACUUAUGGGACAAGAAUCAGAAUAGCAUUAUGAGGAAUCGCAUUGGUGGAAUAUCAAAAAGACCGACCAAUUCUAGAAGUAUGCUGUCUCUUGCCGCUCACAUGAACUGCUCUGAAAGCAAUAGCGGCGACACCUCCAAUUCAAAUCCAUCACCACCAGGUUGCAGUCUUCCUCCUUUACCACCACAUGCCAGAAGAAGUAUGAAAAGUGAGCUGUCAUCAUCACCUCCUGUUGAUAAGUUCCCUUCAUGGCGGUCUUUCUCCUUAUCUGAUCUGCAAGGAUUUCCUGAAAAUCUUCUCAAGCUGUAUAUGUUUGGAUUUGGUGUUGGAAUCAAGUCUUGAGCUGAAGGGUGUCAGUGCCUAUUUUUGUUCUGUUCUUGGAGUUGGUGUCAAUCAGUUUGAGAAGUCUGCUUGCUCAGGGAGGAGUUAUACUGCUUAACAUAAUUUCUUAAUUUUCUCACAUAUUGGUUUAUUGAGAAUCUUUCCUUUUUUCUACUCCCUUCUUCCUUUUGCUUUCAAUAUGUUGAGGAGCUUAAGAUUUAUGCUGGUUUCUACCAGAUGACUGACUUGUAGGAAUGCCAAUCCGUGCAAGAGCAUAUAAAGGAAUCCCACUGUUGAAGUUGCUCGAUGGAGUGGUAAAGUUGCAACCGUGGAGUGGCCGAUGAAAUCCUUAAAGGAUUUAGCAUCAUGGGUGGUUCCCGGUUUACAGUGACACUGAAGGAAUUCAAGCUUUUCCAUGGGAUCGACAGAUCACUGUAUGUUAUUCUCAUCAGGGAUCUGCUGCGCGAUCCCUUGGAGUGCCUGUACAUAUUGGGCUUGUGGCUAUGGUUGGAACGAGCAGGAUUUUAUCAUUUCA